GGUAUUGCUACAGCCUGUCGGCGACGAUUUAAAAAGUCUUACGCUAUCCAGAGUCCGCCAAAAUGAGCUACUUAGAAAAAGUUGAUAAAUACUUAGACUCCCUCAAAGUGGGGAAAAGUGCAAUGGUCGACUCAUGGUUCAUGAUGUCGAGUCCUUCGCCCAUCAUCGGCGUGGUGAUAGCAUACCUAGUGGUGAUCAGGCUGGUGCCGGUGAUAAUGAAGAACCGCCCGCCGAUGCAGAUGAACAAACUCAUCACUUACUACAACGCGUCGCAAGUCCUGUUGGCGACUAUGAUUUGUGCAAAGGCAUUCAAGUUAAACCUCUUCAAAGAUGGUAUUUUGUAUGCAGGGUGUCGAUAUCCGUCCAAUACGCAAAAUCCUAUGCUGUUAGACUUAGGCUGGUGGUAUUUCUUCGCCAAAUUCACGGAGUUGCUGGACACGGUGUUCUUCGUUCUACGAAAGAAGAACAGUCAGGUGACCUUCCUCCACGUGUACCACCAUGUCAUCAUGGCAGUAUACUCGUGGAGCUAUCUCAAGUUCGCUGCAGGUGGACAAGGGGCGAUCCUGGCACUCCUCAACUCAAUCGUGCAUGUGGUCAUGUACACUUACUACCUCCUCUCAGGGCUGGGGCCUCGCUUCCAGAAGUACCUGUGGUGGAAGAGAUACGUGACCAGAAUGCAACUGAUUCAAUUCGCGUUAAUGCUUGUCUACUGCGCAUGGACCCACUUCUCCCCGCGCUGCCAGUACGCUUCUGGCUUCACCUACUUCAUUUGCGCCAACGUCACAAUCUUCCUUCUGCUCUUCCUAAACUUCUACUCAAAGAGCUACAAAGCCAAAAAGAACGUCGAGAAGGAAAUCAAGGAGGUACACGAAAAGACAAGGAACGGUAUCAAAAGUAAUGGUGUUAAAACCAACGGCGUCACUCAGAGCGAAGAAAAUGGGAAAAUACACAAAAAUGCUGAUGACGAUACGCCGUAUGAAGUAAAUAACAUCUGCGGGGACUAUGAAAAAGACGGAAAAGUAUUUUUGACAAGACGCACGGCCAAAACCGCAUUCGGUCCCCAGUACGAUUUCGAUAGUAUAAUAAAGAAAUGAUUCAAUUUCAUAGACUGUGGAUAGCUUCUGUUGAGACUGAUGUUUGUGAUGACACAGAUGAAAGUUUUAAUUUAGAUAAGGCAAUAAGAAUAAAGGGGGUUUUAGUUUUAAGUACGCUAAGAUAUAAUUUAUUGGCUGUUGGAAGGGUUCUUUCAAAAUCUACUUUGCCUGUGAUAGAUAUUGUGAAAAUUACUUUUAUGAGAAUCACAUUUUUUCCAAAAAUGACGGUGAAUGGUUGAAAGAUCUCUCUCUGACUCGACUUCAAUCUUCUCAGGAAAACAAAUUCUAAAGUUUCAGCAUAUCGUAGGUUAUUGCAAGAUAAAUUUACGCUAACGUUUUAAAUUACAAAACAUUACAGUGAGAAGAUACGCUUUAAU